AUGUGCUCUAUAGAUAUCAUCAAGCUGUUCAAUCCCAAUCUGCUGGGUGCGGCUCCCGGCAAGACGGUUCACGGCAUGCAGGCUCAUAUCAGUGAAACAGGCUUCAACCUGGCCGUGACUGGACACAACACCUUCAAUCUCCCCGGCCAAACGAGGCAUUUGAUUGACACGCUGAGAGGUCACGAGGGUCUGAAAUUCGAGGAGGACUGGAAGCUUUUAACUAUUCUGAUGGGCAUGAAUGACAUCUGUGAUUACUGCAAAGAUAAGGCUCUGUUUUCAGUGGAUAACUUCAUUCACUAUAUGACUGUCUCCUUGGAAAUGCUUAUGAAUGAGGUUCCUCGUAUGAUCGUUAAUGUCGUUCAGAUCCUGCCCAUGCAGACUCUGAGGGAGGUGCAGAAGCCCACCCCAGGGUGCCUGCUUCAAAGGUCAUUCUGCCCGUGCCUGAUAGAACCAGUUCCCAGGUCUCCUGAGCUGCGGGAGCUGGUAGAAGUCAAUCUGGAGUUUCAGAAAAGACUCGAGGAGCUGCUGUACAGCGAUCGUUUCUUCAGGGACGACUUUGCCGUUGUUCUUCAGCCCUUUCUGAAACACGCUGACCCUCCCCGCCUCCCGAAUGGGAAGAUCGAUAUGACCUUCUUCACUCACGACUGCUUCCACUUCACCAUAAAGGGGCACGAGGAGCUCGCCAAGGGCCUGUGGAACAACAUGUUUCAGCCCGAGGGACGAAAGAUGAUUGUGAGCAGUUUCUCUCAGCCCAUCAGUCUCGUCUGUCCACCUGUGGAACAUCCAUAUAUCUUCACCCGACCGAAUGCGGCCAAGUCCGGCCAGCCUCAACUGCAGUCGCAGGCAGCCGUCUUCCUGCCGCUCUCAGUCCUCGUGGGUUUGAGAUGUGUUCGACUUGUGUAGCUUUUGCUUUGCUGGACUAUUUUACAAGCCUGUCGCUGCUACUUUGGAUACUGUUGAGGCGAUACAGUGGAACAAGCGUAGAGGAGUGAUUCUGAGCCGCUCUUUCCUACUUUGCAUGUCUGUGGUCCCAAAUAGCAGCAUGGAGGAAAGCCCAAUGUGACAGUGAGUCCUGCAACCUAAAUAUUUCAUUUUUAGGUGGAUGGAGGUGCUGAGCAACCUUCUCUGCAUGAAGCAAUUGCUGCUUUCCACAGAAAAUUUUUUAGCUUUAAAAUGUCAAUUCAUCAUCCUUGUGUCAUGAUGAUUUGCCGUUUCUGACCUCACAUUAACUGUGGGGAUGGGGCGAUCAGUCUCUAUAUUUCUCCCACAUUUGUAAUUAUAUGAUGCACUGUAGUGUAUUUUAAGGAAAAGUUUUGCCAAGUGUUGCUUUAACCUAACUGCAGAUUUUGUAACUAGCGAACAUGAAGUAACAGCUUUUGAAUUGUUCAUGUGACAUUUACACAUUCACACAUAUGACAUUAAACUUAUUAGACUUUGCC